CGCGGCGGGCCGGCCAUGGCGGCGCAGUUCCGCAGCUACGUGUGGGACCCCGCGCUGAUCGUGGCGCAGAUGGUGCUGCUGCAGGCGGGCUACUACAGCUCGCUCGGGCUCUGGCUCGCCCUCCUCGGCACCCUGGGCAGCACCGGGCCCUCCCUCCAGCAGGUCUUCAGCGACGAGCGCCCUGGCCUUGCUGUACUUCAUCCGCCGCGGGAAGCAGUGCCUGGAUUUCACGGUCACGGUGCACUUCUUCCACCUCCUGGGCUGCUGGAUCUACAACUCGCGCUUCCCGUCGACGCUGACGUGGUGGCUGGUGCACGUGGUGUGCACGGCGCUGAUGGCGGCCAUCGGGGAGUACCUGUGCAUGCGGAUAGAGCUGCGGGAGAUCCCCCUCAACUCCGCCCCCAAGUCCAACGUAUAGACUCGCCCUGGCGACGGACACGCCGCGGUAACGCCGUUGUCUCCAGCACAAGUGCAUCCCACGCGCCUCAGAAUCAUCCCUGAAGAAGCACAGCAGGUCUGUUGAGACUUUGUUAUUAAUUUUCUUUUUUUCCCCCCCCCGGACCUCGGUGGCUGCAUGAGUGUGAGCAUCUCCUCUGGCAUCAGCUGGCAGCGGGGGAGGAGCAGAUGUUUAUUUUGUUAACACGAAGCAUUAACGUGACUGUACGGAGAGUGUGCCCUUAAACUCUUCGCUCAAGAGACUGUUAAAAGCCAGGUAGCAAAACUUGGUGCGUAAGGAGCAUUUGGAACCUAAAGAUGUGGGAGUGCCCUGUGUGGGGAACACAGUGGUCAGCUCUUCUUGCGGGAGCUGGCACGGUGAGCAGUGGGGCUGGGAGCUGCUGCUUCCAAUCUGUGCCUGAUUUGGGCUUUGGUUGGGAAAGGAGUCAAGGAAGUGAAUGGAUGGGGAAAAGGAAAAUAGUUGUACUUACCUGAAUCACCAGCUGAGUCACUAAAUAACCUAUAACGUUAGAUGGGUUUGUUUUGCUGUUUCCAUGUUUGAUACAUAGAGGUGACAGACGGCAGUUUGCUGAAGAAACCUUUUGUAAUAAUAAAAACAUUAUGUUGCUGUGAGUGUGUUAUGGCUCUCCUGGGAAGCUGAGCCCUUCAAGGAGUACCACGAGUGUCUGUAUCAUGGCAACAGAAGGAUGCAGCCAGAGAACACCUGGCUGUGAGAUGCCCACUGUCUGGGGCACAUAACAUUUCCUACAAUAAACAUUGCAUACCUCUGCUCUGAAAGGAAGGCAUCAGUGAGUGCUGUCUUGGGAAGUCAGCUGGCAUAAUCCCACUUCGGGAGGAGUGCCAGCAGUCCAGGGUCUCUCCAUGUUCAACCUGAGGCUGGAGGUGUCCUGGAGCCACCUGCUGCUCUUCCCACUUGUCUGGGUGUUCCUGCCCGGCUUCAGAAUUCUAGCAACAGAUCUGGUUUGGUAGAGGUGAUGUUAAAUAAGAGACUGCUGUUAUUUCUCGAAAUAACAGGAUGUGCCUUUAUUUAGAGACACUUCAAACAAACUUCACCAGGCAGUGACACCCCCCUUACUGCUGAGGGGCCAGAGCUUGGUGAUUCCUCCAGAUCCCACAGGCCAAGCAAGGAGACCCACAUCCUGCCUGGGUUCUGCUGAGGGGUGACCAGUUUGUGCAAUCCCAAACAAGGACCAAGCCAGGUCUAAAGACAGAUUUUUCUCCUGUGCAGCAUCUUGCUGCAGUAACUUCCCUUUGUACGUUAAUAUUUGUAAUGUUAACUUGCAUAAGUUAUUUGCUAAUUCAGCUUGUUGAAAAGUGGUGGGAUGAUGUGGAGAUACAGAAGUUGAUAAACUCUUUAAA